AUGCCCAAGGUCGACGUCACCGCCUGCGCCCUGGCGUUCCGCGACGAGAUCAAGAAGGAGAUCGAGGUCCGCGUGGAGGCGGGCGGCCCACGGCCAAAGCUGGUUGGCAUCAUCGCCAACAAGGAUGAGGCGGCGGUGAUGUACGCUCGGUGGACGGAGCGGGCGUGUGCUCGCGACGGCAUCCAGUACGAGCUGCGUCAGGUGGAGCGGGUGGAUCUGGAGGACGCCGUCAUCGAGGCCAACGAGGACCCGGCCGUCAACGGCAUCAUUGUCUACUAUCCCGUCUUUGGCGGCCCGAUUGAUGACUACCUGCGCGACGUCAUCUCUGUGGAGAAGGACGUCGAGGGCCUGAACCACCGGUACCGCUACUCGCUGUACCACAACAUCCGCGUGCUCUCCGACCUGGGCAACCGGAAGGCCAUCCUCCCCUGCACACCCCUCGCCAUCCUCAAGAUCCUCAACCACCUCGGCGCCUACAAGCAGGAGCUGCCCGUUGGCGAGCAGCUCGCCGGCCAGACAGUUGUGCUGUACAACCGCUCCGAGGUGGUGGGGCGGCCGCUGGCGGCGAUGCUGGCGAACGAUGGCGCGCUGGUCUACUCGGUGGACAUCGACAACAUGCUCAUCUACCGCAAGGGGCGCGUGAACGGCACGAUCAAGGUCGAGGAGACCGAGGUGACGCAGGACGAGGCGCUCGCGGCCGCCGACAUCGUCAUCGCGGGGGUCCCGCAUCCAAAGUUCAAGAUCGAGGCGAGCAAGGUGAAGCCGGGCGCGAUCGCGGUCAACUUUUCGCAGUUCUCCAACUUUGGCGAGGGCAUCGAGGAGCACACCACCUUCGUGCCCGCCAUCGGGAAGGUGACGAUUGCGAUGCUCGAGCGGAACCUCCAUCGUCUGCACAUGGCCUCUGAGGCGGCCUAGACGAUCCUUCUAGCCUGCAUGUGCAUGCAACGGCCGCAGGCCAGCCGACGGGCGAUCUCUUACCGCGGGUCCCCACCCCCUUCCCGCAUCUCCGCCCCUCGACUGUCUGUGGUCUCCCAAAGCCAAGAGAAAUGUACGUGCGGACGGUGCGCAGCCAGCGGCCAGCGCUCUUAGUCUCCAGAGCGUUGGAUAGGAACUUA